UUCCUGGCUUGUUAGAGGUGCUUUUUCCUGCCUCUCACUGUGCUGUUAAACAUGGCUACAGCCAAGGACAGAGCGGUUCUGCAAACAAUCUUUAACCCCAAUACUCCUUUUGGGGAUAUCCCUGGGUUAGAUGAGGAAGAGGAGGCAGCAGCAAUCCAAGGAGAAGAUGGAGCUUUCGCCUCAGAGCUGCUGGAGCAAGUCAAAGACCUGGAGCUACAGGGGGUUUUGGCAGCUGAAUCGGGAGAUGUGAACACGGCCCUUGAGAGAUUCAGCCAGGCCAUUCGGCUCCUUCCGGAGCAAGCCUCGUGCUACAACAACCGUGCCCAGGCCCUUCGUCUCAAAGGGGAUGUGGCAGGUGCCCUACAGGACCUGGACACAGCCCUGCACCUCAGCAGGGGCACAGGCCGUGCGGCAUGCCAGUGCUUUGUGCAGCGAGGUCUCAUCAAGGUGCUGCAGGGGCACGAGGAUGAUGCCAGGCAGGAUUUUGAGCAGGGAGCCAGACUGGGUAGCGCCUUUGCUCGGCACCAGCUGGUCCUGAUGAACCCCUAUUCAGCGCUCUGCAACCAGAUGCUGUUGGAGAUGAUGAGGAAGCUGCAGAAUCCAGACAUCUAGGGAAGCAACUAGAGCCCAUCUGUCCAGGCAAGGGGUCAGGAGAGGGUUGCCAAUGAAUCAUUCUGCUGGGCCAGGCAGACAGGAUGCCCUCCACGUACCCCACAUGAGCUGGGGCAAGGGGAGCCUAGGUCAGGGGUUCUCAACCAUUUUCUUUGACCCCCCCCCCAAUAAAAACUCCACGGUCCAACUGUGCCACCACAACUUUUUCUGCGUAUAAAAGCCGGGGCUGCCGUUAGCAGGUAGCAAACAGGGAAAUUGUCCGGGGCCCUGUGCCACAGGGGGCCCUGCAAAGCUAAGUUGCUCAGGCUUCGGCUUCAGCCGCAGGUGGUGGGGCUCAGGACCCUGGGCUGCAGUCCUGUGUGGCAGGGCUUUGGUUUUCUGCCCUGGGCCCUAGAAAUUCUAAUGCCAGCCAUGCUUGGUGGACCUCCUCAAACCUGCUUGCGGCCCCCUGGUUAAGAACCACUGGUCUAGAGUGGUGCAUCCUGAGCAAUGGCCAGAUGUUUGUGGGGAAGUUUGUCUUUUGCAGAGCCUGAGGCAUCUUAAUCCUGGCAGCCUCUGCUGGCCUGGCACAGGGCAUGAUCUGCAGUGUCUUUGUCACAGGCUGGUUCCCAGAUGAGGCUUCCAGGCAGGUGAGCCACCUGGCAGGGACUCCCAAGGAGAUGGGCCACUGUGUACAAACCAGCACAAGCCACUUCCUCCCCAGAAGCAUUUGUCAUUUCUAGUAAAGCGUUAGAACCUCAUGAGGUUUUCAGAAUCACACCAUGUUCUGGACAGGCCUCCCCUGCGGCCGUUUGUCUCACUUGCUUGCUCCAGAGAAGAGCUGACCCUGCUUGGGCAUUGUUCUUCCCUAUCCCAAAUAAACUCUCGAGUUUGACUGGU